GAGAAGGGCAUCCUUGGCUGCAAGCACUACAAGCGAGCUGUCAAGCUUCAAUGCCACACCUGUAACGCCUGGUCAUCCUGCCGCUUUUGUCAUGACGACAGUCACCCAGACCACAAGCUCGUUCGCCAAGAGACAAAGAACAUGCUUUGUAUGUACUGCGGAUGUGCGCAGCCUGCUGGUCAGAAUUGCAAGCACUGCAAGAAGAGAUUGGCGAAGUACUAUUGCGAUAUCUGCCGGUUGUGGGACGAUGACCCGGAGAAGAAGAUCUAUCAUUGCCCGGAUUGUGGAAUAUGUCGUAUCGGGGAGGGUUUAGGGAAGGAUUUCUUCCAUUGCAAGGGGUGUGGUGUUUGUAUGUCGAUGUCACUGCAGAAUUCGCAUCGUUGUAUUGAGCGGUCAACUGAAUGCGACUGCCCGAUUUGUGGAGAGUUCAUGUUUACGUCGACGCAAACGGUUGUCUUCAUGCAGUGUGGUCACUCGAUUCACCAAGCUUGUUAUGAACAGCACAUUCGCCAAUCUUACAAAUGCCCAACUUGUUCUCGCUCGCUGGCGAACAUGGACACGCAUUUCCGCCUUCUCGAUGCGGAGAUUGCGCGUCAACCAAUGCCGGAUCCGUAUGACAAGUGGAAGGCGAACGUCCUCUGCAAUGACUGUUCGGCCAAGAGUCGAGUGCAGUACCACUUCCUGGGCCACAGAUGCGAUGUA